UAUCAACUAUCAAGAUAAUCAAACAACUUGAUAUUUAAAGUGCACAUUUUACAAAAUUAAAUAUUAAUUCUCAUUAUUCAAGUUGUGACUCGUGUUAGUAGAAAUGUAUCGUUAUAUUCUGUUUUAUUUUUAAUGGUAAUGCUGUUUUGUUGUAAUAUGAAUGACUAAAUAUUUAGUCAUGAUAAUAUGAUUAACAUCAUGAAGAUAGUUUGGCGAUUUUGAAUAUGAUACAAUACAACAAUGCAAAGCUCAUAAAUACUAUUAAUAGAACUCAGUUCAUCUAAUAAUUAUUUUAACUGUAUACAAUUAUGGGAAGUAUCAAAACAAUUUUAAAAGUUAUAAACAUACAUUUUCUUCAAAAUGUUGUGGGAAAAAAUGUUACACUAAACUACUGCUAGUAGCUUCUAACUGUGUAUUAAAUCUAGUCAUGAAAGUGAUAUUAAUUUAUAGCUAAAAUAUAAUACAUUAUUUUUAUAUGUAAUACUGGUUUUUAAACAAUGGCUAUGUGUUUGAUGCUCAAGUAUGCUUUUAUACUCUUAUGGCUUAUAUAUACAUUUGGUUCUAUUAUACUAUUAUUUGGUAAAGGACUGUUAUUACAUAGAGAUGUAUUACCUAAUAAGUCCACUUGUGAUACUGGUAUUUCUUCAGAAAUACCAGCACAGAACUGUACAAUAACUGAUACAAAAGUCGUUUUAAUACUUAUUGAUGCUUUACGAUAUGACUUUGUUAUACAUUCAAGACAAAAUGCUCCCUACACUAAUAAAAUAACUGCACUUGAAGAUAUCUUGUCGAGUUAUCCUAGUCAGUCUAGAAUGUACAAGUUUAUUGCCGAUCCACCAACUACAACUAUGCAAAGAUUAAAUGCUCUGACAACUGGCAGUCUACCGACUUUUAUAGAUGCAGGCUCAAAUUUUGCAUCUGAAGAAAUUGCUGAAGACAAUAUUAUUGAUCAAUUAGUAAAUAAUGGAAAAAAAAUAGUAUUUAUGGGUGAUGACACCUGGGCUAAGAUGUUUCCAGGCAGAUUUUUCAGAAAUUUUACAUACCCUAGCUUUAAUGUUUGGGAUUUGGAUACUGUUGAUGAUGGUGUAAGGACAAAUUUAUAUCCAGAAAUUUUAAAGGAUGACUGGGAUGUAUUGAUUGCUCAUUUCCUUGGAGUGGAUCACUGUGGUCAUAGAUAUGGACCUAAUAAUAAAGAAAUGGAUAGAAAAUUGAGUGAAAUGAAUAUAGUUUUAAAGGAUAUAAUAAAAGAAAUUCUAGGAAGAGAAAAUAUAAUGCUCUUUGUAUUUGGCGACCAUGGAAUGACUUCAACUGGUGAUCACGGUGGAGAAUCUGAAAACGAAGUAUCGUCUGCCCUUUUUGUUUUAUCAUCAUCUCAAAAGCUUCACCCGAAAAAUGAAAUUGAAGUUAAACAAAUAGAUUUAAUUCCUACAUUAGCUACAAUUCUGGGUGUACCAAUUCCUUUUUCAAAUUUAGGAUCAAUUAUCAAAUCAGCUAUACCAGAAAGUAUUCAUAUGGUCAAUAGUAUUUGGAAAAAUGUUAAGCAGAUCAAUGAUUAUCUCUUAACAUAUUCACUAAAAAACGAUGAACUUGAUGAAAAGCAUAUGCAUUUUAUCAAAGAAACGUAUAAAAUGUUACAUAUUCAACGCGAUAGUAAUUUAUUUGUAAAAAGUUGUGAACAUUUUAUGACACUAAGCAGAAGAGCAUGUGAAGAAGUUUGGAUACGAUUUGAUGAAAAAUCAAUUUAUAAAGGCUUAGUACUAAUGUUUGUAUCACUCUACUUUAGCUUUUUACUUAUUGGUUCAUCAGCUUUAAAUCAUUAUGAAAAGAUUACUGGCAGUCAUGUAUUUAUUUUAUUUUGUAUUAUUUUUCCUCUGACAUUGGUUUCUUUUAUACUAUAUUGGUAUAAGUUAAUUCAAAUCACACUUAUUUUAUUUAUUGCUGGCUUUAUAGGUACUGUUUCUCUCGGACUUUGUUGUGUUACUUGUUGGUCAUCAUUAACUCAAGAUUUUCUCGACACAAAAAAUCCAGAUAAAAUACUUAUGAGACUGUUUACUGUAAUUACUACACUUGGAUUUUUCUCUAAUAGUUACAUUGUUGAAGAACCAUUUGUAUUGCACACGUCAUUUAGUCUUUUAUUGUGGUAUUUAGUAGUAAGAUUUAAAAUAGAAAAUAAAAAAACUUUAUUUCGCAACAAGUUAAAACCUAAAGGGUUUUCUUUUAAAAGCUGGAUAACAUCUCUAAAUUGCAAAGUCAUUUGGUCUUCAAUUGCAUUAUGUGGUUUGUUACGCUAUUCUCAUUCAUUUUGGCAAUGUCGUGAAGAACAAGGAUGGUGCUUUGAAAACGGAGUUCAAAUGAAAACUGGAACAUCGCCAGUACCGAUAAUUCUCAUAGUAACAUUAGUAAUAAUUGUUCUCAAAUCUUUAAAACAUUCUGGCAAUCUAACUGGAUGUUCAUUGAAUGUGUAUUUAUCAUCAAUUCUACCAAAAAUGUUCACAAUACUUUUAUCAGUUCAUUGGAUAUUUGAAUCUACAUUCCAAAGUGGCAAGAACACUAUACCUUAUGUAGCAUAUAUACCCAAUGUUAUAUUAUUAUUAAUAGCUUUACUAGUAAUUGUAUUAUUCGCUAGUCCAUUGCUUAUUCAUUAUGUAGAUUUACAAAGUGAAAAGAGUAAGCAGUCAGAAAGUCUAUAUAAAAAAUUACUAAAAAUGGCAACACAUUUAAUAAAAAUGGAUCUUGGACCAUCUAUUCAUGGAUAUCCGAUUGUUUAUGGCCUUGCAACAGUUUAUAGUGCAACAUAUUUGAUAAUAUCCAUAUUGUUAUGUAUUUUUGGAGGACUGCUUUUGGGCCACGUGUAUGCUGUAUCUGCUAUAAUUAUGAUAAUUUCUAUUUGGAUAAUGGCAAUGGUGGUAGCAGUUAUAAGGCAUAAUCGUUGUACAAAAAUUGAUGAAUUAUAUACUGUAAGCUGGUUAUAUGUACUAUUAUGGACUUUAUCUUCUGCAUAUUGGUUUUAUGGCACUGGACAUAAUGCUUCCUUCCCAGCUAUACAUUGGAAUGCUGCAUUUGUUGUACAAGCUGACAUUCAAAAUAACACAUUGCUCCCAGGGUUCUUUAUAAUAGCUAACACUUUUUUUUCAUAUGCUGUCCAUGCUUUUUUAUUGCCGUUACUAUUAAUUUGUCCAUUUUCUAUAUAUGGUGCGUGGUCAGGAAAAUCUUUACCUAUUAAAGAUAAAGAUGAACAAACCAUGGCAAGAGGUGAACUUUUAUUGGCAGAAAAAUCUAGAGAAAUGAUACAUGGUGCAUUUGAUCUAACUGCUAAAUACAUUUUAACAAAUUGUUUUAGAGUGGCCAUGGUUAUGGCAGCUGCAACAGUUCAUUCACGACACUUGAUGAUGUGGAAAAUAUUUGCUCCAAAAUUAAUAUUUGAAGGAAUCGCAUUAUUAUUUAUUACUUUGCCAUUUUCCUUUUUAGGAUUCUUACUGAUGUAUAGAGUAACUCAACAUAUAAAUGUAUUGUUUGAAAGAAUAAUUUCCCAACACUCUACUUAAAUCAAAUUUUCAGUAAAAAGGUUUAAAUUUUUUUAUAAACAUCAUAAAUUAAUGUUAGUAAUGUAUUAUUAUUUUAGUUUGUUUUAUUGUUCAUAAAAAUCCCAGCAGUAAAUCGUCAAUGUAAAAAAUGUAGGUAUUU